AUGCAAGCACCGAUCGCAAGAUCAGAAAUAAUAGACAUGUCUACCCAAAAAAUGCAAAAUCAGAAAGAACAUCAUUUAAAUUCGAUUCGUUUAGCAGGAUGGGAUCUUAAAACCAGCCGAGCACACAUUUUCCUGUCGAAUUUCCUCGGCGCAAAUUAUGCUACUAGUGAUGCUUUAUGUUUGGCUCAAUUAGCCUCUCAUUAUAUAGGUUUAGAAAUCGAUCGAGCUGCGCAAAGAAGGAAAAACGUUCUGGUUAAGUGGUUUGAUGAAAAUAUAGAUCUAAUUGAAACGUUUUGCAAGAAGUACGUUACACCUAUAUUUGAAGGUGAUCAAACCGAAGAUCAGCAACAGAAUAUUCUAACAUAA